UGGGAGAACAGAGGUCCAGUCUGUGCAGUAUGGUAAAGAAAGAGCAAACAAAGACAGGGUAUUUGCAAGAUCCCCCAGCAAACCCUUGGCACGGAAAGUAAUGAGUGGGAUGGACUGGGAAGUAGUGAGUAGGAACUCGCUGUCAGAUGACAGGUUGGAGACACAGAGCCUGCCAUCGCGGUCUCCACCUGGGACUCCAAAUCAUCGCAACUCUGCCUUCACUCAAGAAGGAACCCGGUUACGACCUUCCUCAGUUGGACAUUUGGUGGACCACGUAGUUCACACUUCUCCAAGUGAAGUGUUUGUAAAUCACCGAUCUCCAUCUUCCACCCAGGCUAACAGCAUCAUCCUGGAAUCAUCGCCAUCUCAAGAGACUCCUAUAGAUGGGCAGCCUCCUGCGUUACCACCCAAACAAUUUAAAAAGAACAGUUGGAACCAAAUUCAUCAUUCUCACUCACAGCAAGAACUGGAAAACCAUAUUAAUGAAACAUUUGAUGUUCCUGUAUCACCUGAAAAAUCCACGCCCAAUGGUGGUGUCCCCCAUGACAAUCUUGUUAUGAUCAGAAUGAAACCAGAUGAAAAUGGAAGGUUUGGCUUCAAUGUAAAGGGUGGAUACGAUCAGAAGAUGCCAGUGAUAGUGUCCAGGGUAGCUCCAGGAACACCUGCUGAUCUCUGUGUCCCGCGUUUGAAUGAAGGAGACCAGGUUGUACUGAUUAACGGCAGGGAUAUAGCAGAACAUACCCACGAUCAAGUUGUUAUGUUUAUUAAAGCUAGCUGUGAGAGGCACUCAGGGGAACUUGUGCUCCUAGUUCGACCCAAUGCUGUCUAUGAUGUUGUGGAAGAGAAGCUGGAGAGCGAGCCUGACUUCCAGUACAUCCCUGAGAAAUCUCCUCUUGAUGGUGUCCCUCAGGAUGAUAACGCUCUGAGGGAAUCCAUGAUUCAGCUGGCAGAGGGGCUUAUCACUGGGACUGUUCUGGCUCAGUUUGAUCAAUUAUAUAGGAAAAAGCCUGGAAUGACAAUGUCUUGUGCCAGAUUACCUCAAAACAUUUCCAAAAAUAGAUACAGAGACAUUUCGCCUUAUGAUGCUACACGGGUUAUUUUAAAAAGUAAUGAAGACUACAUCAAUGCAAAUUAUAUAAAUAUGGAAAUCCCUUCUUCCACAAUAAUAAACCAGUACAUUGCUUGUCAAGGUCCACUACCGAACACUUGUCCUGAUUUUUGGCAGAUGACUUGGGAACAAGGCUCGUCUAUGGUUGUAAUGCUAACAACUCAAGUUGAACGAGGCCGAGUUAAAUGCCAUCAGUACUGGCCAGAGCCAUCAGGAAGCUCGUCAUACGGGAAUUUCCAGAUUACCUGCCAUUCAGAAGAAGGAAAUCCUGCUUAUGUCUUUCGAGAAAUGACAUUGACUAAUCUGGAGAAAGAGGAAAGCCGCCAGCUAACCCAAAUCCAGUACAUAGCAUGGCCUGAUCAUGGGGUUCCUGAUGAUUCCAGCGAUUUCCUAGACUUUGUGUGUCUUGUGCGCAAGAAGAGGGCUGGCAGAGAAGAACCUGUUGUUGUUCAUUGCAGUGCUGGGAUUGGACGGACAGGAGUUCUUAUCACUAUGGAGACAGCUAUGUGUCUCAUUGAGUGCAAUCAGCCUGUUUAUCCGUUAGAUAUUGUAAGAACCAUGAGAGAUCAAAGAGCCAUGAUGAUCCAAACACCUAGUCAAUACAGAUUUGUAUGUGAAGCUAUUUUGAAGGUGUAUGAAGAAGGAUUUAUUAAACCUUUGCAAGCAUCACUGCAUACGUAAAGAGCAAAAAAACCUAGGAUAUCAAUGGAGGAAUCCUGUCCUCUGUAAUGAACUGGCAGCAUUCUUUGUGCCAUAAUACUGCUCGUGGGAAAUAAUAGUGAAGUACAGCAAAGAAUUGACAAAGGACUUUGAAAACUUCAGCACUGUUGCACUUUACGUUGAAACAAAAUCAGUCUCUGAAACUCUUCUAACCUUCAUCUGUUUGAAGACUUUAUUUUCGUGCUUUGCUCCGAACAGACCAUAAACUGAAAGAACUAACUGUGUUCAGGGUAAUCUACGAUAUUUCAUUGUAGUGCCAUAUACUGCGCUUCUGGUUGAAUUGCUACAAACAAGGCUUGGAAUUAUUUCACUCUGUUUUACACCCAUGUCUCUUAAAAUGAAAAACAAAUGAAAAAGAUACACUAAGCCAUGGUCUUUUUCCAGUGCUAGGUUUGUUAUUAUGUACAGACUCUCACUGUUUUGUUUUUUACAACAUUAGCAAUAUUGCCAGUACUAGAUAGAUACACACUGCCUACUGAUGCAGCACACUUUGUCCUACACCCUUCCUAGAGACCAGCUGGUUGUUAGAGGAGAGCUGGCGUCCGUGUUUAACCCAGCAGUAGCUGCAUAAUGCCCACUUACCAGCAUCUUGUAAAAAAUAAUAACUAUAACAAUAAAAAAAAAAAA